GACCUCCGCCGCAGCCUAUUAGAUGCGAAGUUGGAGACGCAGACGAACCCGGGAACAGAAAAGUCGACGACUCCGAACCUCUCGCGGCGGAGCAGCGGGCGCCUGGGGACAGGCGCUUUGACCACUCCCAGCGUCUCCCGGCAGAGCUCCAAGCGCCAGGGCUCCAUCCAGUCGGUGAGCUCAGGGCGGAGCUCACAGAGGAGCUCCCGACUAGGUCACGGGCAAGGUGGCAGCGCGUUGGGCAAGCUAGGCGACGAGGCUGGUCCGCCGAACAGUGCCCGGGGCAAGCGGCCUCCAG